AUGCCUCCAACACCCAUCCUCCUCCUCAAAACAAAAUCCUCCCCCCAUGAUGGCUAUCAAGACUUCUUCUCCGCACAAAACUACACCCCCACCUUCAUCCCCGUCCUAGAACACCGCUUCCUAAAAAACAACCUCACCCAAGUCCGCGAUCUAUUCAGCGCCGGCGCAUUCAACACCAAUGCCUCAACCCCCAGAAAAUACGGCGGUCUAAUAUUCACCAGUCAGCGCGCGGUAGAGGGUUUCGCGCAGAUGAUCGAAGAUGAAAAAGAUGUAACAUUCAAUAUCCCAACAACCCCACCCCUCCUCUACACCGUCGGCCCAGCCACAGCCCGCACCCUAACAACCCUACGCAACAAACACCUCCCCUCAGCCACAAUCCACGGCGCAGAAACCGGAACCGGCGAAAACCUCGCCCAUCUGAUCCUCGAACACUACGACACCCUCUACCCAACAAACAAACCAUCACUUCUGUUUCUCGUCGGUGAAGUGCGGAGGGAUAUCAUCCCGAAAACACUAAUGGAUGAAACAUUACCGGUUGAGAAACGGGUUGGUGUUGAGGAGCUUGUUGUGUAUGAGACGGGGGUUAUGGAGUCUUUUGAGGGGGAUUUUGAGGAUGUCGUUGGUAGAGCGGUGGGGGAUGUUUGGGUUGUUGUGUUUUCGCCUACGGGGUGUGAGGCGAUGUUGAGGGUUCUUGGGUUGGGGCCUUUUGCUGGGACUGGAACUAAGACUGGGAAGGGACGGGUCUUUGUUGCUACUAUCGGGCCUACGACGCGGGAUCAUCUGCGUGAGAAAUUCGGGUUUGAGGCGCAUGUUUGUGCGCCGAAGCCUACUCCUGAGGGUGUGCUUGAGGGUAUUGAGGCGUUUAUGCGUGGGAUUUAG